AUGAUAGGUAAUACAUUAGCAAGCUUAUCUCAAUGUUGUAAAGAUUUUCCCGAACGAAGGUGGCGGGCGCGCGUUUCGGAAUCGGGGCGUCGCGACGCCGCCGCUACCGGCACCGCCACCGACACCGGCGUCGGGGCGCAGUUUGCCUAUAGAGUGCCGCUGUGCCGCGUCGCGAUGCCUCCGACUGUUGCAGAAACGUUACGUGCAUGGCUUUUAUCCGCGCUGGUUGUUCAUGGAGCCGUUGCAGGAAAUCCCGACGCCAAGCGUCUCUACGACGACCUCCUCUCCAAUUAUAACAAAUUAGUGAGGCCUGUGGUCAACACUUCAGACGUUCUCAGGGUUUGCAUCAAACUGAAGCUCUCCCAGCUCAUAGAUGUG